AUGGCAACUACUCAAGCCAACUCCCUUGGCGGCUGGACCGUCACCUUCGCUACUACUGUCUUCUGGGCAAUGCUCUCAUGGACCAUGUUCUUGGUCAUCGACUACCGCAAGCGCACGGAGAAGCCGUGUCUUAUGACCUCGAUUCUGCUUUUCGUUCACCUCUGGUUGGCUUGCUUGUUUCUUGCUGCUGCAAAAGUUGCCGAGAAUCAUAGUGAUUCGCUGCUUGUCUGGCUCUGUUUUCAACUCGUCUUCAGGUAUUACAAGACCCUUGUUCUCACCUACUUUAACUUUAGGUACAAGCCGUCUGUAGCCUCUGCAAACUUCGCCCUUCGAUCAACUGAUGUAUCUGUCAUCGUGCCCACUGUUGGUACAGACGUGAGCGCCACGUUCAAGGAGAUGGUAAGCAGCAUUCUCUGGAACAAUCCGAAGCGCUUGAUCUUCUCCACCACCACGGAGCAUGCGAAAAAGAGCGUUGAGGAAGUCCUUCCUGGUAUCCUGGCCAAUCUCAAACUUGGUGAGUCCGCAUACCAAACCCAAUGGAAACUUCCAUCACUCGAAGUCUAUACGGAAAUCUCGGUUGUCUCUGCCCAGGUUGCAAGCAAGCGGGAGCAAUUCAUCCAGGGCGUAAACAUGGUGAGUACGUCCAUCAUUGCCUCUGCUGACGAUACCGUCUCGUGGCACCCUAACUUUUUUUCUGGGGCUCUUCCAGCAUUUGCGGACAGCCUGGUAGGGUUCGUCGGUACCCACAAGUGGGUGAAGCGUCUUCCUUGCCCUCCCACAGACUCCUCCCUUUCGUGGUUCACCAAUCAGUGGAACAACUACUGCUUCCGGUUUUGGAACCUGGUCGGUGCGCUAUACUUGAUCCGUCACAACUUCGAAGCUCGUGGUUCCGACGCAACUGACGGUGGUAUUUUCUGUGUGUCUGGCCGUACUCACCUCGUUCGCUCGGACAUCGUCCAAGAUCAGGCCUUCCAGGACGAGUUCUUGGAUGAGCGCAUCUUGAAUUCGCUGAUUGAGGGUGGAAUCGGCCCUAUCAAUGCCGACGACGAUAACUUCCUGACUCGGUGGGUCUUCUACAAGAAGAACAUGAAGGUCAAGUUCCAGGAUUCUGAGGAGGCCACGAUUACGACGGUUCUUGGUAAGGAUGGCGGCAAGCGUUUUAAGGAUCAGUGCCUGCGCUGGAGCCGCACUACGAUGCGCCAGAACCCACAAGUGCUUUUCAUCGAUCGAACGGCUUGGUGGAUGCAUCCUAUUACUGUCUGGACCACGUACUUGCCUUGGCUGUACAACGCCGCUUUGAUCUGGGACCCGCUCAUGGUAGGUACGCUCUACUUCUCCAAGUUUAACCAAGACAGUAAGCACCGCUUCACACUGAUGGCUAUCCUGAUCGGUUUCAUCUGGGCGACGAAGCUCAUCAAGGCCGCGCCUUGGUUCUUGAAGCAUCCGCUGGACUUCUUUCUCUUUGUUUUUCCUUUCCCAGUGUUCGCGAUCUUCGUGUAUGGUCACUCCAUCCUGAAGAUCUGGACCGCCUUCACCUUCUGGGACCUUGCAUGGACGGGGAGGAAGCUUCCUACCGACGCCAAGGCGAAGGAGGAGUAGAGUUUGGAGUAGUCCUGGCGUGUAGCGACAGUAAGUGAGCUACAAUUUCCUUUUAUUUUCCCUCUUGACCUUAUCCUUAUCAGGUCCUGCACAUUCAACGAAAGACAUAUCGAAGUAAAUCAGACCCGUC